GAAACUGAAAAGAUUGAUCAAAGAAGUAGUUUGAAGCUCGAACGGAUGCGUCUCUGGAAAGACCGAUGCUGAACAUGGCGUCCCUGGGAGAGAACACAAAAGUUGCUACGGAGGGUACACUAGACCCCACGGAGGAUGAGGAAGAUGAUGAAGCCGAAGAAGAUGGAGAAGAAGAAGAGGAGGAGGAAGAAGAUACCGUGGAACCCAAACUGAAGUAUGAGCGUCUUGGAAAUGAUGUGAAGGAAGUUUUGAAAAACGAUGCUGCAAGUUGUCUGGCUGUUCAAGGUAAAUUUUUGGCCCUGGGCACCCAUUGGGGUGUUGUGCAUAUUCUGGAUCUCCAGGGCAAUCGCAUAAAGCAAUUUCCUUGCCACUCGACGACCGUGAACGAAAUCAGCAUCGACGGCGGCGGCGACUACGUGGCGAGUUGUUCUGACGAUGGUCAAGUAGUUGUGAAUGGCCUGUAUGCCACUGAUAGCAACGUCAAAGUAAAUUAUGAUUAUCCUGUACGUUCACUGGCGUUGGAUCCGGAGUACGGACACCGGCAAUCUGGUCAGUACGUGACUGGGGGUGAAAAUCUCGUUUUUCACUCCAAGGGUAUGUUUCGCAACAAGACCACUGUUCUGCAUGGCGGUGAGGGCCCAGUACGUGCCAUCCGCUGGCACAAGCAGUUCAUAGCCUGGGCGAAUGAUGUCGGUGUGAAGAUCUAUGACUGCCAGUCGAAGCAGCGGAUCACCUAUAUAAACAGAGAUGAGGGCAGUCCUAGGGCGGAGCUCUAUCGCUGCAAUCUCUGUUGGCGUGGCGAUCGCACAUUGCUGAUUGGCUGGGGAAACUCGGUGAAAGUAUGCACAGUGAAGGAGCGGCCAAAGAAGGAUGUCAGAGACUUGCCGUCGCUGUACGUUGAGAUCACACACAUGACUAGUGUGGAUUUCUUCAUCGCUGGCAUUGCACCGGUGGAGAACAACCAGAUUGUGCUCCUCUGCUAUCUAACCAAUGUAGAGAUGGAGAAAGCCGAGUUCAAGCGCCCGCAGCUCCGAAUCUUGACAUGCCUGUCCGACUCGCACAAGAUCGAGGAAUCUUCUCUGGACGAGCUGAACAUGCGUGGCUGGGAGCAGUACCGCUGUAACGACUAUCGCCUGGAGCAUCUCACCCAAGAGGGUCUGUUUUACCUUGUCAGUCCGCGCGACGUUGUUCUUGCCAAGCCGCGCGACAUGGACGACCACGUACAGUGGCUGAUUGACAACGAGAAGUUUGAGGAGGCACUGAGUGAGGCCGAGACCAACUGUCUGAAGCUGAAGAAUCACAAAGUGCUGGACGUCGGCGUGCAGUACAUCCAGUUCCUGAUCGACGAGGAGGACUUUCAGAAGGCGGCCGGCCUUUGUCCGCGCGUCCUGCAAGGCGACAAGAAACUCUGGGAGGAGAUCAUCAUGAAGUUCAUUGAGGUGAAGCGGCUGGCCGAUAUCAGCCCGUUCAUACCGCGCACCACUCUACGCUUGGAGCCCAUCAUCUACGAGCUGGUGCUGAACACGUUCCUGCUGGACGACAAAGACCAGUUCUGCUGUACGCUACAAGAGUGGCCGUCAGACCUGUACGACGUGCAGGUAAUUCUGAAGGCGGUGGAGGGCUGCAUGGAGAAAGACGGAGAGGACGGCCUUCUACUCGAGGCCAUGGGUCAGCUACACACGUUCGAAGGACGCUUUGACAAGGCCCUGCGCAUCUACCUGAAGCUGAAGAACGAGCACGUGUUUGAGCUAAUCAAGCAGCACAACCUGUUCUCGGCCAUUCAGGACCAGAUUGUCGAGCUGAUGCACUUCCAGCCGACCACUGCGUCCAAGAUGCUGAUUGAGAAUAUGGAGAAGGUGCCGGUGGCGGUGGUCGUGGACAAGCUGCGUACGGAGAGCAAGCUGCUACACCAGUACCUGCACACACUCUUCCUGCAGAACGUUCACGCCGGACAGGACUUCCAUGAGCUGCAGCUGGACCUGUACGCCCAGUACGACCAGCCCAACUUCCUGCCGUUCCUGAAGCAGAGCAGCUCCUACCCUCUGCAGAAGGCCAUGCAGGUGUGCGAGGACCGGGAGCUGAUAGAGGAACAGGUCUACUUACUGGGACGGAUGGGCAACCACAAGCAGGCCUUGUCGCUCAUCAUCGAGAAGAUGCACGACGUCGACAAGGCCAUUGAGUUCUCCAAGGAGCAGAACGACGAGGAGCUGUGGGAAGACCUGAUCAAGUAUUCCAUUGACAAGCCUGACUUCAUCACUGGCCUAUUGCGCAACAUAGGCACUCACAUCGACCCUACCCGUGUCAUCAAGCGUAUACCGAAGGGCAUGGAGAUCCCGCAGCUACGCGACUCGCUGGUGAAGAUCAUGCAUGACUUUAACCUUCAGAUCUCCCUGCGAGAGGGCUGUGACAAGAUCCUGGAGAAGGAUUGUGUAGGGCUGCUGGACCGGUUGAAUCGCCUGCAGCGGCGCGGCAUAUCCGUCUCCGAUAGCCAGCGCUGUCUGAUCUGCAACGACCGCAUCAUGCCGGGCGAUAUCCGCAGCGCGCGGCCGCUGUGCGCCUUCUUCUGCCACCAUGUCUACCACAUGGACUGCUUGGAGGCUGUCAGUAGUGCUCGUGAUGACGGCGUCUUUGUCUGCCAGUGCUGUCAUUCGCGCAAGUCACAGCGCGGCCCAAAGUUAAAAAGAUGAUGAACCGCCGCUACAUCCUGCUGUCUGAACUGUACCUAUCACACUCCGCUGUCAUUUCUCUUGAUAAUGAAUCAUAUAUCAACAAAGUCUCCCCAUCCGCUCAUGAAAGUGCUUCUGCACAUCUGUUUGUUCUGCACAUAUGAAUGCUGGCAAUGAUUUGCCAGGGAAUGACUUCAUUUGCUGGCAACUUGUCUCAGCCCUGGUUAGUUUGUUUGCUCUUUUGUUAUAGUUGGUAUUUGUCACUAUUCUUUGUUACUCUGCUGUGUCUGUGUUUGUAGCAGUUUCUAUGUUGUACCCACUGCCUGCGCGUGUACCCAUUAUGGGCAUUUGUCAAAAGUUUUAUUUGUCACUUGUAGGUUUGAAGAGGCCACCACUUAUUACUUGGUGUAAGCGCUACUUUCUUUGUGAAUCACUUUGAGGCAAUGCAGGACUCGAGUCUUUUAUUUUUGGUUUUAAUUCCUAUAGUUCGCUUCUAACCACAUGUAUAAUCAGCUGAGUUCUCUCUGACUUUCGUUUACGGAUGCCGGAUCAUCCUUUUAUCAUUUCAUGAAUUCUCUCUCCGGUCGGGCCCUUCAGUAUCUAGUAUUGACAUGUGUUUAUACUUGUGAUGUCAAAGUGUGUUGCAGUGUGCUGUCGAUAGGUGUCAUGUGGCAUUGAAUAUACUACAAUUCAACUUUCCAUA